CAUUUCAGUCCAUUUUGGCACAUUUUACAAUAUUCCACUUUUACUUAUUUCAUAUUAAUAUUAUUGAACUAGAAUGGCGCAAUUGGCUUCGUUGCUAAUUGCGGUUUGCGCCCUAGGGGCUGCUGUAGCUUAUCCAAACUCCGUACUAAGCAACUCACUCUUAAAAACGCUUAAUGAACGCGGAAACGCUGAUGUUGCAAUAAUCCUAAAAUCAGAUGUUAGUUCAAUCUAUGACGAAAUUGCUUCAAGUGGAUUGGUCUUUUCUGUUCGUGGCGAACGAAUGGCCGCUAUUCGUGCUGCCCUUAUCGAAUACACUUCACAGUCCCAGGCAAAUAUCCGAUCCUUAUUAGACGGACGCAAUGUCGCCUACAAAACGUUCUGGAUUACGAACAGGAUCAUUGUCUCCGCCGCCGAUGCUGAGCUCGUGAAAUUAUUGUCCUCACAUCCAGACGUUGUGCAGGUCCGGGAAGAAAUUGUCAUCCCCCUGGAACCUUUGACCAGGUCUGAAGCAGUAAUCGAUGAGGAGGUAAAGCAAAAUAAUCCCGUGCGUGGAGUUUGGAUUGUUAAAGGGCAUGAACUCUGGGCUGAAAACAUUACCGGGGAAGGAAUAGUUACAUCAAAUAUUGACACAGGAGUGCGUGGAACGCACAUGAUUUUGAGGGAUAAUUUUCUGGGGGAAUAUGGUUGGUAUGACCCUUCGUUUAGAACCAGUUCUCCAAAUGACGGGAAUGGACAUGGGACUCACACGAUGGGGACAAUUGCAGGACGGGAGGGAUUCGGCAUGGCUCCUGAUUCUCGCUGGAUGGCAUGCAAGGGAUGUGCAACAUCUUCCUGCGCAGAAUCCGAUCUUCUCGGUUGUGGUCAAUUUAUUGCAUGCCCCACCCUGACCGAUGGAACGGGAGCGAACUGCACGAAAGCCCCCCAUGUGGUAGGUAACAGUUGGGGCUCAUCACUUGGAGGUCAAGACUGGUAUGAUGAUGUGAUUACAGGGUGGCAUUCUGCCGGUGUGAUCCCUGUGUUUUCUGCUGGAAAUGCCGGGUCUAGUUGUGGUAGCGUGGGUUCUCCUGGAGAUCGUCAGGGGGUCAUAGGCGUUGCUGCGACAGACAUGAGUGAUGUCAUAGCAUCGUUCUCUUCUAGGGGCCCUGCAACAGGAAACGGUGGACACAAGCCAGAAAUGUCAGCACCUGGGGUGGACGUAUUAUCUUCCAUGAAUGCAGCUGAUGACCACUUCGACAGACUAAGUGGGACAUCUAUGGCGUCCCCACACGUGACCGGGGGUGUGGCUUUACUCAUACAAAAAAAUCCCUUACUUCAAGGGGACUAUGAUGCCGUUCGAACUGCACUUUUCGAAGGAGCAGAAACUACUACGUUAACCGGAAGUAGUCAAACAUGUGGUGGAUUAAACGACGAUACUUUCCCGAAUCAUGUGUUCGGUUAUGGGCGUCUUGAUGUAGUAGCUUCAUCUAAGAAAUAAAAUAUGUAGCUAUUUUCAUUUUGAAUUCAAAACAUUUCAGACGAUAACAUUCCAAAAACUGAAUAAAGUUAUCUUAAAUUGGCA